AUGUCGUCAUACAGGAUUGUCGUCGGUAGAGCGACCACAAGGUUUGGAGGGGUUCACUCUGUGCCGCAGCGCCUAUCUACAUAUCCUGCCCUAUCCCCAUACUCAUCCCCACGCUCGGUAGUCUCUCCAGCAUCAGGAUCCGCAGCCAUGGCAACACAAGGUCUCAUGUCUUCGCUACCCAUCCCAGCAUGGCUCCAGGGCCAGUCAAGCCGCUCCUUUUCGACCACACCCCGCCAGAGACGCCUCACCAUCGAGAACAUCAACCAGAAUGUCGUCGAAGCCGAAUACGCCGUGCGUGGCGAGCUCGCCGUCAAGAGCGAGAAGUACCGCGAGCAGCUGAGAAACAAGGACACUUCCNUGCCCUUCGACACGGUCAUCUCGGCCAACAUUGGCAACCCCCAGCAACUCGACCAGAAGCCCAUCACCUUCUUCCGCCAGGUCUUGUCAUUGAUGGAGAACCCUCUCCUUCUCGAACACACCGAUGUCCUCACCAAUACUCUUGGCUACAAGCAAGACGCCAUUGACCGCGCAAAGACACUGCUGGACGAUGUCAAGAGCGUGGGAGCAUACUCGGCCUCCAAGGGUGCCUCUGGCAUUCGCCGCAGUGUCGCUAACUUCAUUGAGAAGAGAGACGGCUUCCCUGCCGAUCCUGAGAACAUCUUCCUGUCCGCCGGUGCUUCAGGUGGUGUUAGCACCUUGAUGAAUGUCAUGUGUGCCGAUGCAAACUCCGGUAUCCUCGUUCCCAUUCCGCAAUACCCUCUUUACACCGCAACCCUCGCUCUUCUGAACGCAAAGUGUGUGCCUUACGAACUCGAGGAAGAGAAGGCUUGGGGCACAAACCUUGAAGCCAUCCGUGCAUCCUACGCAAAGGCAAAGGCAGAGGGUACAAGCGUCCGCAGCAUUGUCAUCAUCAACCCCGGUAACCCUACUGGCGCGUCUCUCUCUGUCGAAGACAUCAAGUCAGUCUUGAAGUUCGCUGCUGAGGAGAAGUUGGUCGUCAUGGCCGAUGAGGUGUACCAGACCAAUGUUUUUGUUGGCAAGUUCACCAGCUUCAAGCAAUGUCUUAGGGAGCUUCAGCAAAGCGAGGAGAACAAGGAUGGCAAGUUUGACACUCUCGAGCUUGUCAGCUUGCACAGCAUCAGUAAGGGUAUGGUUGGUGAGUGCGGCCACCGUGGUGGUUACUUUGAGCUUGUCGGCUUUGAUGAGAAGCAAAUCUACAAAUAUGUCAGCAUUCAGCUCUGCCCUCCAGUCAUCGGUCAAUGUCUAGUAUCCCUUAUGGUCGAGCCACCUGUUGAAGGAGACCCGUCGUACGAUACCUACCAUGCUGAGGAACGUGGUAUUUUCGACGGCCUUCAGAAGCGCGCCACCGCCCUCUACGAAGCCUUCAGCGAGAUGGAGGGAGUCUCAUGCCAGUCACCCACUGGCUCCAUGUACCUCUUCCCUACCAUCACUCUUCCUCCCAAGGCCAUCGAAAAGGCCAAGCAAGAGGGUAGAAGCGCAGAUGAAUACUACUGUCUUAGACUGCUCGACGCAACUGGUGUUUGUGUUGUCGCAGGCAGUGGAUUUGGACAGAAGGAGGGAACUCUGCAUUUCAGAACCACUUUCCUUGCUCCUGGUACCGAGUGGGUCGGCAGAAUCACCAAGUUCCACCAGGAGUUUAUGGAUGAGUUCAGGUGA